AUGUCCUCCUGGGAGGAAAUCCAGGCUGUGAAGGUGAAGCGUAACAGCUUGCGCGAAAAGUUAGAGAAGCGUAAAAAGGAAAGACAAGACUUGCUGGGCACCAGCAGUCCUGGUGGGCCAGGUGCCGUGGUCGGACUGAUAAAAAUCGAAUCGAGCAACAACCUGGCCGAGGAUAAGGGUAAACUUCUUCUGACUACAAUCAAACUGGAUCAAACUGGAAGUGCGGACAUCGAUGCAGAAGUGGAGAAGUAUUUGGUGCAGGUGCUGGCCGACGAAAGUUUAAUACUGCCGACCAAUUCCGCCCAGAUAGCGGAGCGCGUCGAAAAGCACGUGCAGAAAACCGUCCUGCGGGACUCUAUCGCUUACUACCUUCACAAGCUAGCAGGACAGAAGUUGAUCAACAUAAAGGAAGUCAGUAUUGGUGGAACAGUAGGCUAUGAAGUGAUAUCCGCUGAGCAUAUAAAUCUCCAAGCGCUGCACAAUGACAUGGCUAUGAACCACGCGCCCGCGGUCUCGGUUGAACGAGAUGCAACGAAACGGAAAGCGGAAAGCACGAAGGAAGAGAAACUGUCCGGUGGAGGUGGCAAAGUAGCCCGAGCCAAUGUAACCGGUACAAAGGACGAGGGAAGAAAAGGCAACGCGGUUGAUGCUUCGCUGGCUUGUAAAGCAUCGGAUAUUAUGUCUCUGCUUUCGUUACCAUCGACCAGGGAGAAACAGAGCAAAAAGGUGGGUGAAGAAAUCUUGGAGUUACUUUCGAAGCCAACCGCCAAAGAGCGUUCUUUGGCGGAAAAGUUCAAAUCGCAGGGUGGCGCUCAGGUAAUGGAGUUCUGCCCCCAUGGCACACGUAUCGAAUGUAUGCGAUCGUUGGAAGCAGAGAUGAAGGAAGGUAACGAUAAGAAGACGACCAACAGUACGGACGAUGAGGAUAGUGGCGAGUGUAAACACGAAGAAGAUGAUGUUAUUAUCACCACGGAUGAAGAGACCAGCCAGAAAGAAUCGAUUGUAGUGGACGUGGACAUUAAAGACGAAUCGGUCUCAUCUGAAACGGUAGCGAGCGAAGCAUCGGUGGAAAUUCCAAUCACAAAAUCGAAAUAUCAGUGCAAUAAGUUGCAUUUCAAAAAAAUCAUUCAAAACCACACCGAUGAAACGUUGGGUGAUUGUAGCUUCCUGAACACUUGCUUUCACAUGGACACGUGUAAAUAUGUGCACUACGAGGUGGAUACGUAUGUGGGUCAAACACCGAAUAUCGUACCGGCAAAAUUGGAACCGACCGAUGAACACGUCGCUGGACAAAAACGGCAUGCGGUAGAUGCUUGUGCGACGCUUUAUCCUCCGCAAUGGAUCCAGUGUGAUCUGCGGUUUCUUGAUAUGACCGUGCUGGGAAAGUUUGCAGUAGUAAUGGCCGAUCCUCCCUGGGAUAUUCAUAUGGAGUUGCCGUACGGUACAAUGUCGGAUGAUGAGAUGCGUCAGCUCGGUGUGCCCGCACUGCAGGACGACGGACUUAUCUUUCUUUGGGUCACUGGUCGCGCUAUGGAGCUGGGUCGUGAAUGUUUAAAACUAUGGGGUUACGAGCGAGUCGAUGAACUGAUCUGGGUGAAAACUAAUCAACUGCAACGCAUCAUACGAACGGGACGCACGGGACAUUGGUUGAACCAUGGCAAAGAACAUUGUUUGGUCGGUAUGAAAGGAAACCCUCCGAAUUUGAACCGUGGACUUGACUGCGACGUAAUCGUUGCCGAAGUAAGGGCCACCAGCCACAAACCGGAUGAAAUUUAUGGAAUCAUCGAACGCCUGAGCCCUGGAACGCGUAAGAUAGAACUAUUUGGUCGACCGCACAAUGUGCAACCGAAUUGGAUCACGCUUGGCAACCAGCUUGACGGAAUUCGUUUGGUGGAUCCGGAAUUGAUUAAUUCCUUCCAAAAGCGUUAUCCAGACGGAAACUGUAUGACUCCGGGUAAAAUUCCCUAA